AUUAUAUUUAAAUAAUUAAAAAAUAUAGAUAACUAUGUAUUGUUCCUAUCGAGCGUACUCGAGCUCCUCAUAAAUUAAGACAAUUUAAUUACCGCUCGGUCGCUGGUUGUCAAAAUAUAGAUAAGACUUUUUCUACUAGCCACAUUUAUAUUUAAAAAAAUGUUGAUGCACUUUAAUCUAAAAGUUCUUAAUAAAUCAAGUUUUUGGAGAUGCUUCUCAACAAAAGCUGUAAGUCUGGAAAAUUCAAGUGGUGUGGUGUUUCAGAGGCUACCUGGAGAAAACAAAAUCAUAGCUCUGUACGGUCUUAACAAUCAUAAAGACAGAAAUGCCCUUGGAUUUGACUUAUUAGAAUCUAUGAGGGAAGUCAAUUCCAUACUAAGAGAAGAUACUAAAAUUUCUGUUGUUAUUCUUCAUAGCUUAGUGACAGGAAUAUUUUGUGCAGGGGCUAACUUAAAGGAAAGAUUUAAAAUGAAUGAUGUUGAAGUGGCAUCAUUUGUUAGAGGGUUGCGGCAAACAUUUAUAGAUAUUGAAGAUCUACCUAUGCCGACAAUUGCAGCAAUUGACGGUGUGGCUGUUGGAGGAGGCCUAGAGCUGGCCCUUGCGUGUGACAUUAGAGUAGCGGCAGAUACUGCCAAACUUGGGUUAGUAGAGACAGGAAGGGGUCUCAUCCCAGGUGCAGGUGGUACCCAGAGACUACCUAGAGUAGUGCAUUCUAACGUUGCAAAGGAAUUGAUAUUUACCUCUAGAAUAAUAAGUGGUAUAGAAGCAAAGCAAUUAGGUCUUGUAAACCACUCUGUGCCACAGAAUAUCACAAAAAAUGCAGCCUUUGAAAGAGCUCUGAGUCUUGCUCAAGAAAUUGCAUCAAAUGCCCCUAUUGCUCUCAGAUGUGCUAAACAAGCCAUAAAUGAGGGCAUCCAGCUAAGUAUAAAAGAUGGUUAUGAAAUUGAACAGAAGUGUUAUGAAAAAAAUAUACCAACUCAAGACAGGAGGGAAGGCAUGAUAUCGUUCAUUGAGAAAAGAAACCCUAACUAUCAAGGUUGUUGAUGGAUCUAUUUUAGAGCUCAACAGUGAAAAUGUUUAAUUAUAUUCACAUGUACAUAAAAACUGUUUGUUGUUAAGAUAAGAUUUUUUAAAUAUACAUUUAUCUGUGUUGAGGU